CGUAUUCUCGACGUAUGCAAAUUUUUUCCGUUCGGCCGAGGCUGAAACCUGGAACUCGGAUAAACCUCAACUCCACGCUUUCUCGAGGGAGCGCCCAGUCUCUUGGAGCUUCUCUAGCUUUCCAACCGCAUCCAUGAGCGCAGGAAGCUUCCUGCUCUCAUCUAGGGUACCCCUCCCGAAGUCCUUUCCUCCUGAUUUUACGUGGUCACAACCCAAUUCUCUACUCCUUAGGUCGAAGCCUCUAUCCACUGCUCCUCUCCGCGGCUCUUACGUUAGAGCCGCCACCGCUGCCGGUGGUGGCGAGGGUGACUUCAUAUCCAAAGUUCUGAAAGAAAAUCCUACCCAAGUGGAACCGAAAUUUCUCGUCGGUGAGAGAUUCCUCACGCUGAGGGACAAGCAUGGACCUGGGAAACCUCCUGUCUUGAGAAUUUCCCAGCUCGUGAAACGCUUACUGGGGGAUUCUUAUGGGAGUAAAGGGAAAUGUGGACAAGAAGGCACUGGGGAGUGUAUGAACCAAUCUCAGAACACGGUUUAUCUGAAGGACAUUCUCAGGGAGUUCAAAGGGCAGCUUUAUGUUCCCGAGGAGGUAUUUAUGGAGAACUUAUCUGAGGAGGAGGUGUUUGACAGGGACAUACACGAGCUUCCCUUGUUGAGCUUUGAGGAUUUUCAGAAACAUCUGACGGCUGGUAAGAUCAAGCAAUUGACAUCGAAAUCCAUGGUUGGUGUUCCUGCUGGUGUUGGUUAUAGAGAUUUCAUAGUUGACCUAAUUGAGACGCCUGGGGAUAAAAACUUACAGAAGACAAGAUGGGCUAUUAGGCUAAGUGCGGCUCAGACACAGGCGGUCUACGAGGAAUACAAAGGUGCACGGUAUGAAAUAGAGAAGCAAAUGAGGUCUUAUGUGGGCAAACUUGCUGAAUAUCCUCAUCCUGUGGCUUCUUCCAUAUCUAGUAGAAUUAUGGUUGAAUUUGGGAUGGUAACGGCCUUAAUGGCUGCGUUUGCUGCAGUAAUUGCAGGUUUCAUGGCAUCUGCAGCCUUUGCAGUGACCAGUUUUUCUUAUGCUACUAUAGUCUAUGUUCUUUGGCCUUUAGCCAGACCAUUUCUUAAGCUUGGUCUUGGUAUUGUUUCCAAUAUUGCUGAAGGGAUAUGGGAAUAUAUCGUUGAUAUAUACAGUGAUGGAGGAUUUUUUUCAAAAAUGCACGAGCUAUACACUUUUGGCGGUGUUUCUGCAAGCCUUGAGGUGCUUAAACCAAUCUUGCUGGUUUUUGUAACUAUGGUCCUACUUGUUCGUUACACUCUAUCUAGGAGGCCAAAGAACUUCAGGAAAUGGGAUAUUUGGCAAGGCAUAGAAUUUGGGCAGUCGAAACCACAAGCUCGAGUUGAUGGCUCAACAGGAGUAACAUUCAAAGAUGUAGCAGGCAUUGAUGAAGCAGUGGAUGAACUACAGGAGUUGGUUAGAUAUCUGAAGAAUCCAGAUUUGUUUGAUAAGAUGGGAAUCAAGCCUCCUCAUGGAGUCUUACUGGAAGGUCCUCCUGGAUGUGGCAAGACUCUAGUUGCAAAAGCUAUUGCUGGUGAAGCUGGUGUACCAUUUUAUCAGAUGGCUGGUUCUGAGUUUGUCGAAGUUUUGGUUGGUGUUGGUUCUGCUAGAAUUCGAGAUCUUUUUAAGAGAGCCAAAGUGAAUAAACCAUCGGUAAUAUUUAUUGAUGAAAUAGAUGCACUAGCAACCAGGCGUCAAGGUAUUUUUAAAGAGUCAACCAACCAUCUUUAUAAUGCUGCAACACAAGAACGAGAGACUACGCUCAAUCAGCUUCUGAUUGAACUUGAUGGGUUUGAUACUGGAAAAGGUGUAAUUUUCUUGGGUGCGACUAAUCGUAGGGACCUGCUAGAUCCUGCCCUUCUUCGACCUGGUCGUUUUGAUCGUAAGAUAAGAAUCCGCCCUCCUGGUGCAAAGGGGCGGUUGGACAUCUUAAAGGUUCAUGCUCGUCAAGUCAAAUUGUCACCAACUGUUGAUUUGGCUUCUUAUGCUCAAAAUUUGCCGGGGUGGACUGGUGCAAAGUUAGCUCAACUUAUGCAAGAGGCAGCUCUGGUAGCAGUGAGGAACAAGCACGAAUCAGUGUUUCAGUCUGAUAUGGAUGAGGCAGUUGAUAGGUUAACUAUUGGACCAAAGAAGGUGGUCAUUGAAUUAGGGCAUCAAGGGCAAUGCCGAAGAGCUAUAACUGAAGUUGGAGUUGCAAUAACAUCACAUUUACUGAGACGCUAUGAAAAUGCGAAAGUAGAGUACUGUGAACGAAUCUCUAUCAUCCCUCGGGGCCAGACACUCUCCCAAAUUGUUUUCCAUCGCCUUGAUGAAGAGUUUUAUAUGUUUGAAAAGCGUCCCCAGCUACUCCACCGCCUUCAGGUACUAUUGGGAGGUAGAGCUGCAGAGGAAGUAAUAUUUGGACGCGACACGUCAAAAGCAUCCCUAAAAUAUCUUGAGGAUGCGACUUGCCUUGCACGCAAAAUACUAACCAUUUGGAACUUGGAGAAUCCAAUGACAAUUCAUGGCGAACCCUUCCCUUGGAAACGGAAAGCUCAAUUUGUUGGACCCCGUCUUGAUUUUGAAGGAUCUCUCUAUGUUGAUUAUGAUUUCAUCGAGCCUCCUAUUAAUUUUGAUUUGGAUGAUCAAGUCGCUCGAAGGACUGAAGAGUUGAUUCAUGACAUGUAUGGGAAGACAUUAACUUAUUUGAGGCAUCAUUUUACAGCUCUUCUAAAAACAGUAAAGGUAUUACUGGAUAAGAAAGAGAUCAGUGGAGAUCAUAUUGAAUUCAUUUUAGAUAAUUACCCUGCCAUGACUCCUGCAAGGGCAGUUUUGGAGGAGAAAGAUCCAGGAAGCUUACCGUUCUUUGUUGAAGAUGGGGGCCGAGACCUUGUUCUAACCAGUCCAAUUCCUGAUGAAGCUCAGUAUAGGGAAACGAUUCGUAGUCAUUUGAAAUCACCUCUCACGCCCUAAUGCAACUAUUGCUACCUGAAAGUUAAUGCUUCAUGUGCCUCCACGAAUUGCAAUAGCCGUCUCCUUGUGUGUUAUUUGAAGCCAAAUUUGGAUCGUUCCAUUUCGGGUUUGCAUGCAUCCUCGUCGCAACUUCUCCGGACUUUACAAGGGAUGAUGGUUUGCCUUCGGUGCGGAAAUUAUAUGAGCUUCAGUGAGUAAUUUAUGAGUUUAGCUGCCAUUUUUGUUUUUAGAAGUAUGAUUGUUUAGCCAAAUGAGAAAUUUUUGGGUGAAAAUAUCCUCCUUCAUGUAUUAUAAGCCAUUUUCUCAUAUAGACAUACUUUUUUUUUUAAUGCACAUCAAGCAUUAAUAUUCUUAUUAUGAAGCAACUAUAUUGAUUAGAG